AUGUCUCUGUCAUUCAACGACAUGUAUAAUGAGACUGCAACAGAUUCUUCGUUUAAUGUGCGUGGAACAUCAUAUAGGUACGGGUAUUAUCUUCUGGAAGAGCUCUAUCUGGAGCAUGCUUGUUUUGUGAAGUCAUGGUAUUGUCCGAAUGAUCGAAAAAAGUUGAAGUUUAAGAAAGCUCAAGAGAAACAGUGGAAGGAUGUGAAGCGAGUGUUUAGUGCUCUUACAAAUGUUGACAUACACUUUAAUACCCUAUAUUUUUUGUUGAAGAAAAUGAGUGAGGUAAUGUAUACUUGCAUCAUAUUGCAUAAUAUGAUUCUCGAAGAUGAGGAAAAUGCAAUAUGUGAGUAUAAUGAAAACAAGACCGUACCACCAAUACAAACUUUUGAGGUUGGAAACGAGGAAUAUUUGGCGAGUAGGGCAAUAAUUUAUGACUUUGAGACCCAUCAUGUUCUUCGUAGAAACUUGACGGAACAUAUUUGGAUCGUUAACCACAUCGAUCUUAAUGUAGAACCGGUCGAUGAUUUAAACAGUUAA